AUGGUAGGCCUGCGACAUUACGUCGUCAAACCUAGACGAAUUGACAUAGACAAUGAUGAACUGGGCCUUCGCCUCCCCGAGAGCUUCAUCGAAGAUCUCGGUCUUCUCCUUGAUGUUGGCUUUAAGUUUUGGAUCCUUGAUACAAGCAAGUUAAAGAUUGUGGAAUAUGCAUUUAUAAGGUUAUAUGGUGAGGAUGGGAAAGAUAAAAGUGUCCAUGUUCGAGACACAUUGUAUGAAUUAUUCAAAGAAUACAUGAAUCACUAUUUAUCCAUUGAUCUAAGUGCUUCCACAAUUCCAUAUGAGGGUAGUAGCACAACAUGUUACAAUGAAUAUGGCUUUAUGAAGGACUAUGAUGUUUACGAAAGUCAAGCCUUUUAUACAAAUGAAAGGAAGUCACAACUUGGCUUGUAUUUGGAGGAGCCAUAUGUUGAGAGACAAACUGAACUAGAUGUCAUAGCAUAUUGGAAGUCAUGUGAAAAACGAUUUCCCGAGUUGUCUCUAAUGUCUCGUGAUAUUUUGAUCAUUCCAAUUUUGACUGUGGCUUCUGAAGCAGCAUUUAGUGGAGGGGGAAGAUUAUUAAAUCAGUACCGUAGCUCUCUUGCCCCAAGAAUGGUUGAGGCGUUGAUAUGCACUCGGGAUUGGUUAUUUGGGUCUGAAGAUAAAGCAGAAAAGGAUGAUGUAAACAUUGAUUUAGAGGUUGAUAUCUCCAAUUCUGAAAGCAUAUCCCUUCAAUCUGACUAG